AACUGAAUGACUGCGCUGUGGCCAUAGCCGGUGUUAUAACAUCGCGAGAAUUUGAGCUGCCGUAUAUAUUUUCAAGCGAUUCUUCUCAUUCUUUGCACUCCUCCUCUCAAGCUGCCGCAGUGGGACCGAAGUAGAGGCAAAGUGAAGAUGGCUGCAGGUAAAGCACGCAUCGGGCAUCUGGCCCCUGGCUUCACGGCCAAAGCAGUGAUGCCAGAUGGCCAGUUCAAAGACAUCAGCAUGUCUGAUUACAGAGGGAAGUAUGUGGUGUUCUUCUUCUACCCGCUGGACUUCACCUUUGUGUGCCCCACUGAGAUCAUCGCCUUCAGUGACGCUGCCGACGAGUUUAGGAAGAUCGGUUGUGAGGUCAUUGGUGCCUCUGUCGAUUCCCACUUCUGCCAUCUUGCUUGGACCAACACACCUCGUAAGCAGGGUGGUCUGGGUGCCAUGAAGAUUCCUCUGGUAGCCGACACACUGCGUUCCAUCUCCACGGACUACGGGGUGUUGAAGGAGGAUGAGGGCAUCGCCUACAGGGGCCUCUUCAUCAUUGACGACAAGGGCGUCUUGAGGCAGAUCACCAUCAACGAUCUGCCGGUGGGACGCUCCGUUGACGAGACCCUGCGUCUGGUGCAGGCCUUUCAGUUCACUGACAAACACGGAGAAGUCUGUCCUGCCGGCUGGAAACCAGGAAGUGACACCAUCAAGCCCGACGUGCAGAAGAGCAAAGACUUCUUCUCCAAGCAGCAGUAAGACGACACAUGUCUGAAGCCUGCUGUAGGACAGCUAGAAUUACAGUACAUUUCAAGAGAACAAUGGUGAAGAGCAGUAGCCUACCUCUGUGCCUGAGAACUGUAGAACAACAUCUUCAGCAUCCCCUUAUCUCAUGUGUUUGGGUAGAGUGCAAAUUAUUAUGACCAAACUAUGAAGAUUAUAUUAACGUAUAGCUUGGAGAUGUUUUAUAUUUUAGUCAUUUAGCAGACACUCUUAUCUUAGUGUCAUUGAUGUCGGCCUAUUUUAUUCUGCUGUAUCAUUUUUGUAACAUCUGAGGUGGACAUUCGUUUUUGCCUUUAGGCCACAGAUGGGAUAGUCUGAAAUGAGGAACAGAAGCUUUACAGGACAAAACUUGUGGCGAAAACUCAGUUAGCUUUUUGUCUCUUUAUUUACAACUCAAUGUCAUUUCAUCUUCUAAAUAAAAACUUUUACAAAGGCAAA